AUGGUGCUCUCACACGCCGCAUCGGAGUCAGACGUCUCCGUCCACUCAACGUUCGCAUCAAGAUACGUCCGAACUUCACUCCCCAGGUUCAAGAUGCCGGAAAACUCGAUGCCGAAAGAAGCGGCGUAUCAGAUAAUAAACGACGAGCUGAUGCUUGACGGGAAUCCACGGUUGAACUUGGCCUCCUUUGUGACGACGUGGAUGGAGCCUGAGUGCGAUAAACUCAUCAUGGCCUCCAUUAACAAGAACUAUGUCGACAUGGAUGAGUACCCCGUCACCACCGAACUCCAGAACCGAUGUGUGAACAUGAUUGCGCAUCUAUUCAAUGCACCGUUAGGAGAGACGGAGACAGCUGUCGGAGUGGGAACAGUUGGAUCAUCGGAGGCCAUAAUGUUGGCCGGUUUGGCCUUCAAGCGGAAAUGGCAGAACAAACGUAAAGCCGAAGGCAAACCCUUUGAUAAACCCAACAUUGUCACCGGAGCCAAUGUCCAAGUGUGUUGGGAGAAAUUCGCUAGGUACUUUGAGGUUGAGCUUAAGGAAGUGAAACUAAGUGAAGGAUAUUAUGUGAUGAAUCCGGAGAAAGCUGUUGAGAUGGUCGAUGAGAACACUAUCUGUGUUGCGGCCAUUCUUGGUUCCACUCUUAAUGGAGAAUUCGAAGAUGUUAAACUCUUGAACGAUCUCUUGGUUGAAAAGAACAAAGAAACCGGAUGGGAUACACCGAUCCACGUGGAUGCGGCUAGUGGAGGAUUCAUAGCACCGUUUCUGUAUCCGGAAUUGGAAUGGGACUUUAGAUUGUCCUUGGUGAAGAGUAUAAAUGUGAGUGGUCACAAGUACGGACUUGUGUAUGCAGGAAUUGGUUGGGUGGUUUGGAGAAACAAAGAGGAUUUGCCUGAGGAACUCAUCUUUCAUAUCAAUUACCUUGGUGCUGACCAACCCACUUUUACCCUCAAUUUCUCCAAAGGCUCGAGUCAAAUCAUUGCUCAAUACUAUCAACUUAUCCGAUUGGGUCACGAGGGUUAUAGAAAUGUGAUGGAGAAUUGCAGAGAGAAUAUGAUCGUGCUAAGGAAAGGACUUGAGAAGACAGAAAGGUUCAACAUCGUAUCAAAGGACGAGGGAGUGCCACUUGUCGCUUUCUCCUUGAAAGAUAACAGUUCUCACACUGAGUUUGAAGUCUCCGACAUGCUUCGCAGGUACGGAUGGAUAGUACCGGCCUAUACAAUGCCUCCAGACGCACAGCACAUAACUGUUCUUCGAGUGGUCAUCAGAGAAGAUUUCUCAAGAACAUUGGCCGAGAGACUUGUGAUCGAUAUUGAGAAAGUGAUCUGUGAGCUUGAUGAGCUUCCAUCGCGAAUGAUCCACAAAAUAUCACUAGGAGAGAAGAAAAGUGAAGCUAACGGUGACAACUUGGUGGUGACUGUGAAGAAAAGCGAUAUGGAGAAGCAGAAAGAGAUCAUCAGUGGCUGGAAGAAGUUUGUCUCCGACAGGAAGAAGACAGGUGGUAUCUGUUAG